AUGCCUACAAGAUUGCCCGUGCAUCGGAAGCGACCUGCAAAGGCAUCAAAGGGAACAAGGACAUUGAACCAUGUCCUCUUGGCAAUCUCCCUGUCGUUGAUUGUGGGACUCCUCGUAUUGAAUUCUUCCUUUAUUCAUCAUCAUCCAUCGGAACAGCCCUUUGGACAUCAAGAUUUGAUGAUUCCAAGGCCAUUGGGGACUCUGCAAGACAGGAUUCUUCCCGAUUGGUACUUGACAACUGAGUGCUCCAUCUACAGCAUUGAUUGUGUGUCGCGAGAGACAAAGAGAAACAACUAUCAGUCUUAUCCGUUUCCUUUGGUGAACCCCAAUUUGAAGAAUGGGACCUUACCAAAAGACAAUGUCAUUUGGAAACCCGCUCGGACCUUUCCAACCUUCCAAAAGAAAAAGGAGAAGUCUGCAACCGAAAUCAACAAAGUUGAGGUUACGCCUCACAAGGACGCCCAAACUUGUGUACAAAAGGCUACAACAAGGUCACUGAAGGAACAAUUGGAUGACCUUUUACCAGCAUACAAUGAUUUCAAACAAAAGGACGACCACAUGAACGAACGAAUCGUAUAUACCAUUUCUGACUACUCGUACGCCAAAGACAUGAUAGAUGAUGCUUUUUACAUGGCACGAGUUAUCAUGAAGCUCGAUUACUUCUUUCUCGUGGCAAUGGACAAGGCGACUAUUCAGCUUGCUUGUGAUCGGGGGUAUCCAGUCAUGGGAUGGCCCCAAUUGCCGGCCAACAUGAUGCCAGAGUACAACUCGACAGAUGCUGAUAGCUACAAAUCUACCAAGAAGGUUGCCGACGUGGCCUUGUCCAAGUGGUUGAUUGCUCUAGAAAUCUUGGAGCGUCAGUUUCCACUCUUUUUCUUUGAAAUGGACGUCUGGUUCUUGAAGUCCCCAAAGUCAUUAUGGAAAGACCAAGAUGUCGAUGUCAUUUUCAGUGGGCAUGCUGACAAUCCCAACUAUGUUAAUAUUGGAAUCUACAGCGUCUUGCCGACUCCAAAGGCAAGGGAAUAUUUUGAGAUUUGCAUUGAUCUUUUCAAGCAACGGCCCAAAGUACACGACCAAUUGAUCAUGAUGCAAAUUCUGUACUGGGAGAUGGCGGCAAAAAAGGGCGAAGAAAUCAAAUGGCGCAAGAAUAUGGGAAACAUCAAGGAUGUGUGGGGGCUUCCACCACCAGAAUUCCCAAAGUUUCCAAAUGGGUACGUCACUCAUGGGAGAUUUCCCAUUUGGGCCAUUGUGAGUGGGGAACGACCAAUAUUAAGCGAACAAAUAGUUGCCAUUCAUGUGCUAUGUGGCAAACCAUUGACGGCGCCGCAUGGCAAGAAACAAAUGGCCAAGGAGAUGGGAGCAUGGAUCGGCAGCAAUGGAUACUACGAUAGUGCCGAUGCCAAGUAUUUGUGGGUUGAUGGACACAUUUUCAAUGCGAUCAGUAUGACCAUGACGCAUUCAGGAAGACAUGAUUGGUACCAUUACCAUGACAUGCAAAUGCUUCGAUGGACGAUCGCAUGUACAAUUGCAUUGGCAAACCAUACUGGUCGGAUUUGGGUCAUGCCUAAAGUCGUCAACAACCGUGGGUUGAAUUUCCUAUGGUCCAUUCUAGAUAUGGAAACAGUAGAACCCUUUGUUGAGGUUCGAGAAACCAACUUUCCUUCCAAUCCUCAAACCUGGAAGACGACGCAACGGUACAAUCCCACCAGUCGCAUUGCGAUUAGUGGAGAUGAAAAAGUGACCAUUCAGCUCUACCAACAAUACAAUGCUUGGUCUACAAAAUCAUGGCCCGAAGCUUGGGAUUUCCCAUACCAGUCGGCAUCGGAUUCCAUGGAAAAGUGGUUUGCACUUGCCGAUCUUAGCAACGAUGCUCGGCUUUUACUGGCUGGACUCCCCGCCAGUAGAGGCUUGCUCCUCCCCAUUAUUCGACUCUACGACAAGCUCAAGAAGGAGCGUACCAAGUUGUCAUUCGUUGACUUGAAAACCAUGUCCGAAACAGACGUUCAAGAUUUUUUCAGAAAGGAAGGGAUUCAAUUCUUUGACGUCCAAGGCAACACCACCUUUGAUCCAUCCGUGCCCGUGGACAAUAUUUUGCGUGUCUAUGAUAGCUUGAAAUGGUGCAAGCACACGUUUGAUGAUGCGGGUUUGUUGGAACUCUUGCCCUCCCGAGUCACGGCGAGCAGUGACUGUUAUGGCCAAGGAAAGCCUUCGAAAUAA